AUGCCCUCGAGUAACCAGGAGCGCCAGCGCCAGCGCCAACAACAGCAACAGCAGGCACAGCAGCAGGCGCAAGAGCAGCAGCAAAACAUCAACUCAUGGCCGCGGCCAGAGUGUUGCGGUCACUUUGCCGAUGCCUACGGCAAUUUUGCAGUGCCACGUAGCUUAUCCAGACAGGAUCGUUCUGCUGUCCAGACUGCAACAAUACGAAGCUCAUCUGGGAGUUCUGCGGAUGCGAACCUUUGCUCGCAGCUGACACCCACAGCUACGGACUCGCAAACGAUGAACAAACUCAAGCGGCUGCCACCAACGUGGGCAGGUCAGAUGAGCCAGACACGAGAAAUCGCAGAGUCUCCCGACGCGGCGGGGAGAGACGCAGCGUCGACAGGCCGUGACGGUGUUAAGAACACGGCCCAAAACAUUCGCAUCGAUACGAUUUGCGCUUUAUUGACUUACAUACGCUCUCCGGAUGUUACGAAAUGCGAUUUUUCACGACGUACAAAUCUCUUCUCACAAUUCUCGCCCGACAUAUCCCAUUGAUUAUUGUUUUUCUUUUUUUUUUUUCUUUUCUGGCCAGUUUUCGAGAGAUAUCCCAUAGAGUUGAUUGUAC